GACCUCGCACGAUGGCGACCGCUCCGACCUUCCCUCGCUCGCCGGUGCCGCAAAACAAGGACAACGUGGUCCGACGAGCCGGCUGCUUGAUCAUCGGCGACGAGGUCCUCAACGGCAAGACGCGCGACACCAACUCGAACCACCUGGCCAAGAUGCUCUUUGAUCUCGGCGUCGAGCUCAAGCGCAUCGAGGUCAUCGCCGACGACGAGGAGGAAAUCGCCGAGGCAGUCCUGCGCAUGCACAAGAACUACGACCUCGUCAUCACCUCGGGCGGCAUUGGGCCGACUCACGACGACAUCACGUAUUCCUCGAUCGCAAAGGCCUUUGGCGACGUCGGCCUCGAGUACCACGAGGAGACCAAGCACCGCAUGCACGAGAUGGGCAAGCACCGGUACAACAUGGACGAGCAGACCGAGGAGCAGAAGACGGCCCGUCUGCGCAUGGCCCUCUUCCCCAAGGGUGCCGAGGUGCUGUUCGUUCAGGAGGACCUCUGGGUCCCCGUCGUGCGAGUCGCCGGCAAGGUCUGCAUCUUGCCAGGCGUGCCUCGCCUGUUCGAGCGUCUCGUCGAGGGUCUCCUGUCGACCUACGUCCCGCUGCCGCCCAGCAGUGAGAAGCCGUACCGCGUCCUCGUUCACACCGAGUUGCCCGAGAGCUCGAUCGCGCCGUUCCUCACAACCCUGCAAGAGCGCGUCAAGAAGGAGCUCAUUCGUGUCGGCAGCUACCCGAAAUUCCUGGGCGGCGUCGACGUGUCGCUCAUCGGCAAGGAGGAGGAGCGGCUGCAAGAGCUGGCAAAGGAGGUCAUCUCGGAGCUCAAAGGCGAGCUCGUCGCGCAGGGCAAGCUCGGCCAGGAGGAGCCGGUCAAGUAAACAUCGCGCUCGUCCCUGGAACUCGGUCGUCUUCUCGG